AUGGAAAAAGUCAUUUUCUUCCUCCUCCUAAUCCUCUUUAGUUCACAAAUUGUGGCUUCAAGUCAUGAAAUAAAGAGACAUAGCCAUGGUGUUGGCAAACUUUACUUAACAAAGCUAUUGAAACAAGAUUCAACCGUUGAUAAUAAUAGCCAUUUUAGUUCAACCAUUGAUUAUUUAGAAUUGGAUAAAUUUGUUCUUUCUCAAAAGGGAUUGAAAGAUAAAGAUCAAAUCAAGAGAUUGCCAGGUCAACCACUUAUCAAAUUCAAACAAUAUGGUGGAUAUGUCACAGUCAACAAAUCUGCUGGUCGUGCCUUUUUUUAUUAUUUUGUUGAAGCUCAUGAGAAUUCCAAGUCAUUGCCCCUUCUCUUAUGGCUUAAUGGAGGUCCUGGUUGCUCUUCACUUGCCUAUGGAGCCAUGGAGGAAAUUGGACCAUUUAGAGUCCAUAGAGAUGGAAAGACAUUGUAUAGGAAUCACAACUCAUGGAAUCAUGCGACAAAUAUAUUAUUUUUGGAGUCCCCGGCUGGCGUUGGAUUUUCAUAUUCAAAUACAACUUCUGACGUCAAAUCAAAUGGAGAUAGAAAUACAGCCAUUGACAAUUUAAUAUUCUUAUUGAAUUGGAUUCAAAGAUUUCCCGAGUACAAAAAUAGAGAUUUUUACAUUGCUGGUGAGAGUUAUGCUGGGCAUUUUGUACCUCAAUUGGCAGAGAUAAUCCUCCAGUAUAACAAGCUUGCCAAGAAGACUCUUAUUAAUCUAAAGGGGAUAAUGAUUGGGAAUGCAGUGAUAAAUUUUGAGACAGAUGAAAAAGGGAUGUUUGAGUACCAUGCAAGUCAUGGCUUGAUUCCAGAUGAAAUUUUCGAUCAAAUUGAGAGAUACUGUAAUUUCUCAGACAAGGCCCUUCCUCAACCGCACGAGUGCGAUAACGCCAUUAAUAUAGCUAUUGCAGAUACUGAUCCCAUCGAUCUUUACAACAUAUAUGCCCCGUUAUGCCCUAAGUCCGACGACCUCCUGAGGAUCGAUCCAUGCAGUGAUGAUUAUGUAAUUGCCUACAUUAAUCGUCGUGAUGUUCAAAAGGCUCUUCAUGCCAAUGUCACCAAAAUUAAGUAUAAUUGGCAACCAUGCAGUGAAGUCAUAGCAAGUUGGACGGAUAGCCCAUUAACAAUAAUUCCUGUUCUCAAAAAAGUUAUGGCUAAUGCAAUAAGAGUAUGGAUAUUCAGCGGGGACACUGAUGGAAUAGUACCAGUAACUUCUACUAAAAAAUCUAUUAAGAAGAUGAAGCUUCCUGUUGAAACACCAUGGUAUCCCUGGUUCCACAAUGCUCACGAGGUUGGUGGAUACGCACAAGUGUACAGAGGAAACUUGACAUUUGCAACAGUGAGAGAAGCAGGACAUCAAGUGCCAAGUUAUCAACCUGCUAGAGCCUUUUCAUUGGCUAAGCACUUCCUUGCAGGAACACAGCUCCCCAAUUCUCCAAACACACAAAAUAAUAACGUGUAG